AUGUGGACUCCCUUCUUCCUAAGCAGCCUGUUCUUUGUCCUGGGGAUAGUGGCACAACCGAGGUACCUGAUCAUCGUUCCAGCUGCACUGCCCUACCCCUCUUCCCAGAGAGUGUGUUUGGACCUCCGUGGGGUGGAGAAGCCUAUUCGUGUGGCCCUAACUCUUGUGCUUCCAUCUGGCAACCUCAGCCUGUACCGCAAGGUUGUCCGGAACAACUGGAUCUUUGAGUGCUCCAAAUUUCAGGUCCCUCAACCUGCAGGCAACCAGGAAGUUGGCACUGUCCACCUCCGCAUCUCCAAUGGCCACUACUUCAGUGUAAAUGAAGAGAAGAAAGUCCUGAUCCACAGGGCUGGCACAGGCACCUUCAUUCAGUUGGAUAAACCUGUCUAUAACCCAGGACAGACAGUGAAAUUCCGGAUCGUGACGUUGACUGAAGACUUUGCUCCUGUCAGCAGCAAGUACUCCAUGGUGGAAGUCCAGGACCCAAAUCAAAACCGCAUUGGCCAAUGGCUGGAUGUGAGACCAAAGCAGGGCAUUGCAGAUCUCUCUUUCCAGUUAGCUGAUGAGCUCUCUCUGGGGACUUACACCAUCAGUGUUGCGAACCCAAAAGCGUCCACUACUUUCAAGGUGGAGGAACAUGUGUUGCAAAAGUUUGAUGUUUUCUUCGAGGGACCAGCUCAGAUUUAUGCUUCAGAUAAAACUUUCCACCUGCGUGUCUGUGGCAGGUACAGCUAUGGGAAAGCAGUGCAAGGGACCAUGAGGGUGAUUUUGUGCCAGAAGGCAAGGAGGCGUCUCCAAAAUGCCAGCAAGGAUAUCUGUAGGGAAUACAGUGGCCCGACUGCAAGCAAGGGGUGCUUCACCUCUUCUGUGAGCACCUCUGUCUUCAACCUGGCUCCCAGUGAGGAAGAUGGCAAGCUCUAUGCAGAAGCCUCUCUCCUGGAGAUGGGCACAGGGGUGCAGAUCAACACCUCCAGCCAAAUCCUCAUUUCCAGGACUGCUGCAAAGGCAGUGUUUGAGACACCAAAUGCAUAUUACAUCCCUGGAGUGCCCUACAGAGGGAAGAUUAAGCUUCAGGAUCACUAUGGAAAUGGUAUGAAAAACAGAAAAGUUUAUCUCGUGAUAAAGUUCAUGAGGCGCCACCUUAUCAAAACAUACAUCACAGAUGGCAGUGGAAUAGCAUCCUUCAACCUGGACACAACUGCCUGGAACAGCUCAUCAGUCUCUUUGGAGGUCACUGGGAGGACUGGAAUUGUUGUCAGGGGCCAGAAGACUGUCCAGGUUGGGAAGCUGCACAGUAAGUCUGCAGCAGAUGUAAAAUGGAAAUAGUUGUUGUUGAAGGGCUCCUUCUCCAUCCCUUUGACCUUCACUGCUGACUUCACCCCAUCACCCUCCUUAGUAGUGUAUGCCAUCUUCCCCAGAGGUGGGGUAGCAGCUGACAGCAUCCAUUUUGAUGUUGCUUUGUGCUUUGAAAACCAGGUCAAGGUAGGAUUCCCAGCUAAAGAAGCCCACACAGGAUCAACAGUGCAGCUCCAAUUGCAGGCAGCCCCUGGCUCCCUGUGUGCAGUACAGGCAGUGGAUGAAAACAUGUUCACUGGGAGGCUGCAGAGUGAGCUGACAAGCCAAAUGGUCUAUGGUUUGUUUCCUGCUGCUUACCGACAUGGAUACCCUGCCCAAGUAGAAGAACACUUAGAUCACUGUGUUCAGCCCCAGUCCACCUCCACUCUGCUACGGGGGAAGCCACGGCAGUCCUUUCAGCCUGACAUCUUUAACCUCUUCCGGAACAUGGGACUGAAAAUCUUCUCAAACCUUGUGAUCAAGAGGCCUUCUCAGUGCUUUCAUCGGGCAGAUAGGAAGCCAACUGUGGGGUGGCCUUCUACAGAAGACCAAAGUAUCACUAAGAAGAAAACCCAAUUUACAGCCCAUGGAAGACUUAACCACUAUUUCCCUGAAACUUGGAUCUGGAAUUUGUUCUCUGUUGGCACCAAUGGCAGCAGGACUGUUUUGGUCACAGCACCUGCUGUUGCCGGAGAGUGGAAAGUCAAGAUGUUCUGCUUUUCUGGGAGGGGAUUUGGCCUUGCCCCAGCCAUAAGCCUCAGAACGGUUCAGCCCUUCUUUGUGGAUGUGAUGCUGCCAUAUUCUGUCAUCAGAGGAGAGACCUUCAUGCUGAAAGCUACUGUCUUCAACUACCUGCAGCAGUGCAUACAGAUCCAUGUGUCCCUGGCUAAAUCCUCAGAUUUCCAGGUGGAGUCGUGCCGCACCUGCAGGGACAAGGAGUGUCUGUGUGCAGAGGAGUCCAGGACCUUCACAUGGAAUGUGACAGCAGCCCAUCUGGGGACUCUGAAUGUCACAGUGAGGACAGAGGUACUGGACACAAUGUCACGGUGUGGGAGCAGGAAGCCCUUGCCAACUACCACGAGGCAGAGGCAUAUGCUGGUCAAGCAAGUGCUGGUCCGGCCAGAAGGUGUCUUAGUGGAGAAGUCUUACAGCUCCUUUCUGUGCCAAAGAGGAGGAAACAAGGCUGAAGAACAUGUGUCCCUUCGCCUCCCUGACAAUGUAGUGAAGGGAUCUGCCAGGGCUUCCAUUUCCAUCUCAGGUGACCUCAUGGGGAUGGCACUGCAGAACUUGGACCACUUGGUGCAGAUGCCCCAUGGCUGUGGGGAGCAGAACAUGGUGCUGUUUGCCCCCGUUGUCUAUGUGCUGCAGUACCUGGAGAAGACGAGGCAGCUGACCCCUGAGAUCAAGGAGAGGGCAGUAGGGUUCCUGCACAAUGGGUACCAGAUGCAGCUUCUUUAUAGGCACAGAGAUGGGUCCUACAGUGUCUUUGGGCAGCAGGAUGGGGAAGGGAACACUUGGCUGACAGCUUUUGUAGUCAAGAGUCUUGGCCAAGCCAGAAAAUAUAUCUUUGUAGAUGACAAGAAUGUCCAGGAAGCCCUACGCUGGAUAGAGAAAAACCAGCUCCCCAAUGGCUGCUUUGCCACCAAAGGGAGCCUCUUUCACUCCUCCCUAAAGAGUGGCGUGGAUGAUGACAUCUCCCUGGGGGCAUAUGUUGCUGCAGCACUUCUGGAGCUGGGUCAGCCGCUGAAGGGCAAGCUGAUGCAGACUACCCUCCGCUGCCUGCAGAAGGCAGUUCACAAUGUCACCAACAUCUACACAGAAGCUGUGCUGGCCUAUGCCUUUGCCCUGGCUGGGGACUAUGAGACAACCCAGGAGCUACUGUACAAACUAGAGGAACAGGCCAUCAAAUCAGGAGGACAAAUCCACUGGAGCCCCAAGCCAAGCUCUCCAGCUUCCAUGGACUUCUGGCCUGAUACACAGUCAGUGGACAUAGAGCUGACAGCCUAUGUGCUCCUGGCAUACCUCUCUAAGCCACGGGUGCACGCGGGUGACAUGACAACUGCAGCUGGUAUCGUGGCGUGGUUGAUCCGGCAGCAGAAUGCCUAUGGAGGCUUUGCCUCCACCCAGGACACGGUUGUUGCCUUGCAAGCCUUGGCAAAAUAUGCAGCAAGGAUAUUCAGCACCUCAGGCCAGGCACUUGUGAGAGUGAAGUCCCAGAGGGGCUUUGGGAAGACUUUUCAAAUCAAUCGCCAGAAGAGGCUGCUGGUGCAGCAGGCAGCACUGACAGAGGCUCCAGGGCAGUUCCUGGUGCAAGUCCAUGGCAGCAGUUGUGUCUUUGCUCAGAUGGUGCUGAGGUACCACAAGCCUUCCCCACGAGAUGCUGUAACCUUCACUCUCCGUGUCAACACAGAGCUGAACAACUGUAGCCAGGCAAAUGCGCGUGCCCUCACCAUCCACAUCCUUACCAGCUACAUUGGGAGCAGAGUCACAUCCAACAUGGUGAUCAUGGAGGUUUCCCUGCUGUCUGGGUUUGUGCUGGCUCCUAGAGCCAGAAUGCUGCUGGAGCACCUAACCAUCGUUAAGAAAAUAGAAGUGAAAGCUGAUGUGGUAUACAUUUAUCUGGAGAAGCUCAAUGAUGAAUCUCAGGCUUUCAUUCUGCAACUGGAACAACUAAUUCAGGUAAAGAACCUGAAACCAGCCAGCAUCAAAGUCUACGAUUACUACCAGCCAGAGGAGCAAGCCUUGGCUGACUACAGUGCUGACUGUAGUUGA